CCGACCCCUGAUCAAUGUUGGAAAAUGCCACGUCUUUUUUCUUAUAAAUGGAAAAAAACUGAUUCCCUAGUUGUAAGUGGGGUAAAGGGGACAACUUGCUUGGUAUCGUAGCAUUUUCGCCUGGGAUUGUAGCUUUCAUUUCAGCCGUGACAAGUGCGUGACUUGUCUUGUGACUUAUCAGUGACGGGAACUCGUGACCAAUUACUGACCUGUAUCUCUACAGCUCAUUGUUUCAGUUUGCACGAAGUGUUUUUUUAAGUCAAUCCCCGUGUCAAGCAUGCGGUUAUUUCGUUUGUCUAUAGCACCUGGUAGAAGAGUCCCGCUUUCAUAAUCUCUCGGAUAUUUUGUCGAAGAAAUGGCGCAACCGAAAUUCCACUGAAAAAACAUCUGAAAAAAAAUUCGCUUUUUUGUGCUAUGGGCGCUUCUAGGAGUUCAUUCCAAAAUAAAGGUUCGUCCGCCCCCUACAACACCUAUGUGACAAACAAAACUGGCGGCAUUAAACACCUUUAUGUGCGUCUGCGAGAUGAUAAGCUUGGUGACACCGAGACAUACACACAACUUACAGGUAACAGGCCUACUGGACCAAUUGAAGGAAGUCCUCAAAAGCAGCGAAAAGAAAGGCUAUUUCCGACUCUGAUCCAAGCAGGAUUCUGUUUGCUGCAGCCUGGAAUUCCCAAGCGGUUCAGCGUUGUGAGUCGUGCCAGUCCCCCGAUGUACGCCUCGGUUCAUGAUGGUUAUGACUUGUGGGUGACGGACAUGCUUGUGGAUCCUACAGAAUACGGAUGCGUCGCCAUUAUGGGAGACAAAAAUGGCAUCAAUAUUCAGCCAUCGAAUCCUUGUCCACUGUGGAUACCUCAUACACAAGGCGAUCCUAUUCCGGAACAAGCCAUGCAAGCCAAUAAGGUCAAUUCAUCCAGACAAAUGUAUUUCGGGCGCUCCGAAGGGAAGCUUUGCUUUGUGGAAACCAAGGAUGGCCGGUUGGACUUCUGGCGCGCUAUGUUUGAUGAAUACACGAAACAACUGAGCGGAGAUUUACUGAUGGACACCGGAUUUGACGUGAUUGAAGCGAGGCGGGGUGAUAAACUGCCCCCAAACACUCUUCAAGUGGGCGGUGGCUAUGUGGGUAGGUAUAUCGGGGAUUAUCUCUGUCCGAUCAACGUUCACGAUGGAAAGGUGUGGGAUUUUCAAUCCAUAUUUAAAAUAAGCAACAAAAAGGGAGACAUUGUCGUCAUGACUAAUGAUCCGCUUCUCUGACAAGAAAACGCGAUCAAAAGGGCACCGAACUGUGUAUAAAGUCAUUUAAAAUAAUAAGAAGCAAAGUGUGCUUUUUUGGAAACUUAAGUUCCUUAGUUUCUUCGCUACGGUCGUGUAACAAAAUUAUUCCUGUGAAUUAGUUCGCGGGAAUUAAUUUUGAAGAAAGUGGAAGAGUUUAUACGGUUUCGAAAGUACUGUCUGUCUUUCUUUCUUUCGUGUACACGCCACUUCUUCAAGGGACAUGCACAGCAGUGUCUUUGCUGGUAUAUCGUGUUUUAUCCCUCGGACGUUCAUGCACACACAUACCUCCACCGUCGUACAAAGGGGUGGGAAGGGGGUGGGGGUGAGUUGGGCGUGGAUGGAGCCCUCCCCCACAUCUUCUACUUCUUCGCCAAAAUACUUGUUUUAAAGGAGCUCAGUCACGGUAUUUUGAGUUAUUUAUCUUAGUAGUCAACUAAGAUGGUACAACACCGAAAAGAUAAUAAUAAACCAUAAAGGAACAAGGAUGGUUAAGGAUAGAGAAGAUUAACACAGAUUACAAACGACGAACUUGAAAAAUUUUGGCUAAACUUUACAAGAUGAGCAAACCGUGACGUAGCUCCUUUCAUGUGCUCUGUAAAAUUGAGAAUCUGGAUUCUGGAGCGUGUUACGCGUGGAACGAAAGACGGAGGAAAGCAAACUUCCUCCUGACUUCCCUAUUUUAGAAGUUAUUUAUCUGACUUCCACCCAUCUAAACAUGAACAAAAUCAAACACGUGAAAACUCAGUUGAUAUUCUGCAAAAUAAUGCUUUCUCUUUAUUUACCUUAUUCGUUUACAAGCGAAACGAAUGAAUUUAUAUAUACCAAACAAAAUGACCGUACUUGGUCAUUUUUUUGAAGAGGUUAUCCAGAGUACAUAAUGCCAUAUAUUAAAAUAUUAUUCUUCACAAAUGGAAUAUAUAGGUGUAUGACGGUAAUAAAUAAAUAUAUACAACCCAUGUAUGAACAAAUUUAGG